AACCGCUGACAAUAAUAUCAGUGAGUCAUUUCCAAAACGAUAGAUUUUGUCAGCGAAGUUCAACGCCAAAACUGAGUGAUUUUGCCAUUUGUAAGUCUUUGAAAGCAGAACAAGCGCCAUGUCCUUUGGUGAAUACUCUUCAAACUCCAGCACAGCAUCAAAGGCUGGUACCUCAGAGUAUAACAGACUUUGUGGUUGUGUUAGUAAUAAUAUUCAAGCAAUCAACAAAAAUGUGGCCACAAUUCAAAAGCUUGUGGACAAGCUUGGUACUUCAGAGGAUAAGUCACAGCUGCAGAGCAGACUGCAACAGACAGAACAGGCUACGCAAAAACUUGCCAAGGAAACUCACUCAUACUUGAAGCAGCUGCCUCACCUCUUUGGAGAUUCACCGUCUGAUAGACGUCAAAGAAAAAUACAGGUGGACAAGCUAACAGAUAACUUUUCUACAGCACUGAACAGCUUCCAGAGAGUUCAGCGAAUUGCAGCUGAGAAAGAGAAAGAAUCUGUCUCAAGAGCAAGAUCAAUAUCUGCAGGGAUGCCUUCUGCAAGUCCAAUGGGUGGAUAUAAUGAUGAACAUGGUUUGACAGCACAUGACAGAACUGCUGGGGGGUUUGGAAUCCAGGUACAAGAAGAGGAAGAAAUCUCAGUGGAAUUGAUUGAGGAGAGGGAAAGAGCCAUUAGGCAACUUGAGGCUGAUAUUGUAGGUGUCAAUGAGAUUUUCAGAGAUCUUGCCUCCAUGGUUUAUGAGCAGGGUGACAUGAUAGAUAGCAUUGAAGCCAAUGUAGAUAGUACUGCUGUCCAUGUCGAGGAUGCAAAUGUUCAGUUGCAAAAAGCUAGUCAUUACCAGAAAGCAGCAAGGAAGAAGAUGUGCUGCAUUCUAGUAGUGUUAGUUGUUGUUGCCGCAAUAUUGGCUGUGAUCAUUUAUGUCUCAGUUAAGAAGUGAAAUUCUUUAGAAUUCAAGUUGUUUUACUGAGCUUUGAAAAACACAAAAGUACUUGAGAUUCAUCAGACAUAAAAUCUAUUUAGGACUUGUUAUCUUCUAGUUAUGAUAACCAAUAUCUAUUUCAUUCAGCCCAUUUCCUUUUUUUUCUUAAGUUACUUCCUCUAGUGUAUGACUGUAUGUCUAGCUCGUCGACACAGUGAUGCAUAGGUAACAAAAUGGCCGUUUUCACACUAUAGACGGAUAAUCCGUCUACGACGGGUUAUCCGUCCAUUACGGAUAAUUCGUCUUGGUGUGAAAACGGAACGGUGCUCAUUUUAGACGGAUAAUCCGUCUAUUUUUAUCCGUCCGAUUAUCCGUCUAUGUAGA